AUGAAGCCCGAAUCCACCUUUCUCUUCACGUCCGAGUCUGUAGGCGAAGGCCACCCGGACAAAAUAUGUGACCAGGUCGCCGAUGCCAUUCUCGACGAAUGUCUCAAGCAUGAUCCCCUGAGCAAGGUCGCUAUAGAGGUCGCUGUACGGCCCGGAUUAGUGAUUGUGUUUGGCGUCGUCCACUCCAUCGCUCUGUUGAAUAUUGACGCCAUUGUUCGCUUGGUCUUGAGGGACAUCGGGUACAGCAGCCCGGACCAGGAGUUAGACUACCACACGUGCCAAAUUAUGGACUAUGUGGAAUGUCGCUCAACGCCCGACAUUUCUUCUUGCGUCGAGCCGUCUGAGAAUGAAGCGGCCGGUGACCAGGGGAUGGCCUUUGGAUACGCAACGGAUGAGACCCCCCAAUUACUACCGUUGACCCUUGAUCUGGCGCACCGAAUCUCCCGUGAUCUGAAAGCGGCCAGCAUCAAGGGCAUCCUUCCAUGGCUUCGACCGGACACCAAGGCACAGGUUACCGUGGAGUAUAUGGAGAACCAGGGAAGGAUGAUACCUCUUCGAGUCCAUAACGUUGUUAUUACCGCCCAGCAUACGCCGGAUGUGACGGUAGAAAGGCUACGGCAGGAUAUAAUUAACAAAAUUGUCCACAAGUCAAUUCCAUCGAAAUAUCUGGAUGACCGGACCGUCUAUCAUAUCCAGCCUACCGGAGACGUCGGAGUCACACCGUCGGGUAAAUUUGCUGGUGUGACUGGACGCAAGAUUGUCGUUGACACCUACGGGGGGUGGGGCGCCCAUGGGGGCGGCGCUUUUUCCGGGAAGGAUUUUCGCCAGGUCGAUCGAUCUGCGGCCUAUAUGGCGCGGUGGGUCGCCAAAUCAAUCGUUCAUCACGGGCUCGCGCACCGGUGUCUCGUCCAGCUAUCUUACUCCAUCGGCAUAGCAGAGCCCUUGUGUAUCUUCAUCGACACCUUUGGCACCAGUCAACACACCACGGAGCAGCUAAAGAAGAUUAUACUCAAGAACUUUGAUCUCAGGCCGGCAGCGAUUGCGAAAGCACUAGGGUUGAUUGACCCAAUCUACUACCAGACUGCCAAGAACGGCCACUUUACUAACCAGGAUUUCCCUUGGGAGCAACCCUGCGACUUGGUGCUGUAG